GGUGCCUAAAUAAGCGGGAACCCGGCGGGGAGGGAGGAGCAUCUUAUCGCCCGAGCUCGCCGGAAUCCUCUCCGGAUAAUCGAUGGAAGGCGGCGGGAGUAACAAGCGGGUGGUUGUCGUGGGUGGAGGAGCCGCCGGAUCACUCAUCGCCAGAACCCUCCAAUUCGGCGCCGAUCUCGUCCUAAUCGAUCCUAAGGACUACUAUGAAGUGCCAUGGGCAGCAUUGCGGUGUAUGGUCGAGCCUGCCUUCGCCCAACGGACAUUGAUCGAGCACAAGGACUACUUGGGCAACGCCAGGGUGGUCACUUCCACCGCCGUCAAGGUGUCCGAGAGGGAGAUCGUGACUUCAGAAGGACGAUGCAUUCCCUACGACUAUCUCGUCAUCGCCACUGGGCACCCUAACACAUUCCCGACGACUCGAUCCGAAAGACUUAAAGAGUUUCAGGAAUCCUAUGAAAAGAUCAAAGCAUCAAACUCUGUUUUGAUUGUUGGUGGUGGGCCGACUGGUGUGGAGCUCGCCGGUGAGAUUGCCGUUGAUUUCCCGGAGAAGCAGAUUACUAUAGUUCAUAAAGGGUCCAGACUAUUGGAAUUUGUUGGCCCAAAGGCUUCAGAGAAAGCGUUGGCAUGGCUGACUUCAAGGAAAGUGCAGGUUUUAUUUAACCAAGAAAUUAGUUUAGAACAGCUCGAUGAUACGCAAACCGAAUUUGUUACAAGUGAAGGUGUUAAAGUUAGGGCAGACUGCUGGUUCAAUUGCAUCGGAAAGGGGGUCGGGUCUUCGUGGUUAACAGAGGGUAUAUUGCACGGCUGUCUGAACGAGCGUGGGCAGUUGAUGGUUGAUGAACACUUCCGAGUUAAGGGCAAGGAAAACAUAUUUGCUAUCGGAGACAUCACUGAUAUCCGGGAAAUGAAGCAAGGAUACAUUGCUCACAAGCAUGCAUUGCUGGCUGCCAAGAACCUCAAACUGCUGCUGGAGGGAAGAAGUGAAAGUGAUCUCCACCGAUACAAACAGGGCUCAGCAAUUGCCAUUGUGUCCCUUGGGAGGAAACAAGCUGUUGCUCAGUUACCUUUCCUUACAACCAUUGGGUACAUUCCAGGAUACAUAAAAUCUAGGGAUUUAUUUGUUGGAAAAACCAGAAAAGAGUUAGGUUUGGAUCCUUCUGGCUUGUGACGAGCAUGACAUGAGCUUGGGACUGUGCAAGUAUAUUAAGCUGUAAAAUUCUGAUUUCUGUGUGUUCUCUUAUAUGGCAUUGUGUUGGAGCAUAUGAGAUUGUGCUUUCUUUGUGUAGCUUUCAUUAUUGGGUACGCCUUUACCCAGUUAUCAGUAACUUGAAGAAUUUUUGGCCUCUUCUUUUUUUA